AUGCACGCUCCUAUGUUCACCGCUGCCGUCCUCGUUGGCGCCUUUGCUUUGCAAGUCAGCGCAUCCGCGCCUCGAUGCAAUUUCGAAUACCUCGAGAAAAAAGGUCUUCAAGCACCAACUGGCUGUCCUGCUGAUGAGAAAAAUUGGACUCACUGCUGUCUCGUUCCCAUGUCCAACUAUGAUCGGCAGCAUCCGAAGGUUGGUUCUUACACUGGCGUCUGUGCGGUCGACCCAAUGAUCAAGGAGGGCGAGUCAGACAUCUGUCGACUCCUCAACGACCGCCUCCACAACUGGCACCCUUGA